UUUCCGUAUAUUCUGGACAUUCUCCUUGAAACGGGUCUGUUAUUUAGCACUGCAGCUCUCAGCCCUAACAGACUGUGGUUCUCCAGACUCCCAGACCCUAGCCCUGCCUUAGCCCAGCAACGUUGCGCUAUGCCCAGCCUCAGAGUCUGUCAGAUGGUCCUGCUUCUCCUGGUCCUGUUCCCACUCCAGAGCUGCAAAGGACAGGGAGCUGGUGAGUUCAGGAAGCCCAUCUUCCACAGGCUCCAUCGAUUAGGUGAUCAGUUUCGUCAGUUCCAGGAGCUGACCUUGACGAGGCUGGAAUCUCUGUCUCAGGCAUUUAAUGCAUCAACAUCCUUGGAGAUUAUAGUUCAAUCUUUGACAGAGCAGCACAUCAGCCUGGCACAAAAACUAACACAGCUCCAAAACACCACCUCACAGGAACUGGACAACCUAAAAGACUGGAACCGAAAAGUACAGAGGAAGAAUAGAAGGAUGGAGGGAAGACUGGCCUCGCUGGAGAGAGGAUGGAGAGAGACACACAGAGAGGGCAACAGACAGCCCCAGAGACAGAGUCAGGAGCAGAGUGAGUCUGUCCCCAGCCUGACCAUGGAGCUCCACAGCCAGAUGGGGCAUCUUAAAUCCCUGGAAGUCCAGCGAGAGCAGCUCCUUGUCGGGUUGAAAAGUGUCCAGGAUUCCCUUAAGGAGCAAGACAUCCGGAUCAGUCGAGUGGAGGGGCGGCUGGAGGAGCUCCUGCAAGGGAAUGGCAUCUCUUCUCAGGGGUCAACGGCCAGUGGAGACCCCAUCACCUCCAACAUCCCCCCUCAAGGCCCAGCACCAGUAUGGAGGACCCAGACCUCCACAGGACAGAGCCCAAGACAGGGUACCCAGACCCAGGCCGGAAACACUCAGAUUCAGCCCCCAUCCCAGAUUAACUUGAAGCCUCAACUCUACCCCCACCCGAAGCCUCAAACCUUCUCCGACCCCCAACCAUUCUAUGCCAAGACCAAACUUGGCAAAGACACAAGGCUAAAGACCAGACUGCAGUCUCCACCUCCACCACCCCACCCCACACAACCUCCGCCUCAGACCCAGGAGGGGACAAUGGAUCUCAGGGGUAGAGGACAGGAUAAGCCCUGGACUGGCCUCACUCAACAGAGAGUGGAGGAAAACAGAAAAGAAGGAGAGAUGGAGAGGAGGGGGGGAGGUGAGGUGUUUAGGGGGAGAAUGGAGGAACAGGUAGAAAGGAGAAGACUGGAGGAGCAGACUGAAAGGAGGAGAGAGGAGGAGAAAGAAGAGCAGAGGAAAGGAAAGGAACUUCAGAUCCAGAACCUUCUCCAGCUUCCUUUCAGACACAAGAUCCCUCUGCAACAUGUUCCAAGGAAAGAAGCUACGAUCUGUAAUGUGGACUCCAUGCUCCUCUUCCCAUCUGCCUCCUCGGAGAACUACGUCACCUUCACCCGGAGCUUCCCUGCCCUUCCGGAAGUUUCCAUGUGCCUGUGGCUCCGCGUUGACGUGAGCUACGUAGGAACUCUGCUCUCCUACGCCACAGAGGACAACGACAACAAGCUGGUCCUGUAUGGAAGCAGCUCCGCCUCUUCCUCAAGCACGUCCACCAGGCCGACCCUGGACUUUGUGGUGGGAGACCCUGCGUAUCGGGAGCUUCCAGUGGACUCUGUAUUGGAUGGACGGUGGCACCACCUCUGUGUGCUGUGGUCCUCCAUCGAGGGUCGGUUCUGGCACUACACUGACCGCCGCCUGACCUCUGCGGGCUCGCGCUUCAGGAAGGGCUAUGAGGUGUCCGGAGGCGGGUCGGUGGUGCUGGGGGCGGAGCAGGACAAAUCAGGGGGAGGGUUUGACCCCGCUGAGGGGUUCGUGGGGCGUCUGGCGGGGUUCAUGGUGUGGGACCGGGUGUUGAGCCCUGGGGAGGUGACUGGGGUGGCUACAGGGAAGGGGGUACCCCGGGGCAUGGUCCUGGGCCUCAGGGAUGUGGAGGGGGUGUAUGGGGGGGUUCAACAGGUAGCCUGUCAGUGUCUGGAACACUGUAGCUGA